AUGUAUUUUUGGUUACAACGUUGUUCCAUCUGUCUGGACCAAACCUAUAAUCUUUGUCUCGACGCUUGUCGUGAUCAAUUCUGUAAAGAUUGCUUUUCAAGGUACAUAGAAGAGACAGUGAACCAGUCAUGGGGAUUAGGUGUUACUCGUAUUAAAUGUCCAGUCUGUCAGGAAACAAUUAGUCAGUCCGAAUGGAGUAAAUAUGUUUCACCAGAUAUUAUAGAAAAAUACAACAAAUAUAACCAGCCGUACAGAGCCUUUUCUCGCUAUUGUCUAACGUGCGAACAUGCAGUUUCACCAUGCCAAAGCAGAUCACAGGGCCAAUCACGCGAGAGCCGAUUGAGAGAGAUUGCGGAAGAACUGGAACGAUUUUCAGCCACAACACAAUCGCCCAACGCCAAACGAAUGAUUGAAGGAACAUUGACAUCAUUCUUAGCGAGUUGUCAACGAGGGUCUACGUUUCGUAUUGGGCGAGUGCAAGAUCUCUACAACCAAAUAAUACCCAUCCUGUGUAAGGUCACCUCGAAACAACCGGGUUUGUAUUCCCAGGCGUCGGCUAUUUCUAAGCGACUGGUGGCAUUGGAGGUGAUACCCGAAGCAUGGAAACAAACUCAGUUCUGGCACGUCGCUAACUUUCCGACCGAGACAUGUACGCAGUGCGGAGAUGAUCUGUGUCUUCAGUGCGGCGAAUAUGCUCAUCUGGGAAAUAGUUGCUUAGAGAAUUUAAAGUUGAAAUUAAAAAAGAAUGACUCCGAUACCGAAUUGUUGUCGACGAUUCAAUGGAAGCUGAAUCACACCCGCCCGUGUCCUAAUUGUUCCGUCAUGAUUAAUCGAGAUGAAGGGUGUAACAAGGUGGAUUGUUUGUUAUGUGGCUAUAGAUUCUGUUGGAAGUGCGGAUCUGGUUGGUCACAACAGACUUGCGGAUUCUAUCAAUGUGGCGAAACGAAUGUACCCGCAGCAACAUCAACAACAACCACAGCAGCAUCAUCACCAAUAACAACAAUACAACCUGUGGUAGUACAAGACAAGACUGAAUUAGGUGUUCCUGAUAUGCAUGCAAUUGAUGCACGUCGCCAAAUAAAUACAUAA